GUAAUUGCCUUGUGACUCCGUCUUUUCCAUGAGACAUAUCAACAACAUGAAAUCCAGAAACCAAACAAGUGUUUCAGAAUUCCUUCUCCUAGCACUGACAGAAGACCCAGAAAUGCAGCCCAUCCUCUUGAGCCUGUUUCUGUCCAUAUACCUGGUCACUGUCCUGGGAAACUUGCUCAUUGUGUUAGCUGUCACCUCUGACUCCCACCUCCAUACCCCCAUGUACUUCUUUCUUGCCAAUCUCUCCUUUACUGACAUCUGCUUCAGCACAACCACCAUCCCAAAGAUGUUGGUGAACCUCCAAGCACAGAAUCAGAGCAUCACUUACUCAGGCUGCCUCACUCAGGCCUGCUUUGUCCUGGUUUUUGCUGCUUUGGAAAAUUUUCUCCUUCUAGCAAUGGCCUAUGACCGCUAUGUGGCCAUCUGUCACCCACUGAUGUACAUGGUCAUCAUGAACCCACGUCUUUGUAGACUGCUGCUUCUACUCGCUUUGCUCAUUAGCAGUGUGGAUGCCUUGCUCCACAGUCUCAUGGCAUUGCGCUUAUCUUUCUGCACAGACCCUGAAAUCCCCUACUUCUUUUGUGAGGUUAUUCAGGUCAUCAAGGUGGCCUCUUCUGACACCCUCCUUAAUAAUAUAUGUAUAUAUUUUGCAGCUAACAUAUUGGCUGGUGUUCCUCUCUUUGGAAUAAUUUUCUCUUAUACAAAAAUCGUCUCCUCCGUUUUGAGGAUGCCAUCAGCAGGGGGAAAAUACAAGGCUUUUUCUACCUGUGGGUCUCACCUCUCAGUAGUUUUCUUAUUUUAUGGGACAGCUUUUGGUGCUUAUAUUAGCACUGCAUUUACACACUCAUCCAGAAAGAUUGCGGUUGUUUCAAUGAUGUACACUAUGGUCACUCCCAUGAUGAAUCCCUUUAUCUAUAGCCUGAGAAAUAGGGACAUGAAGGGGGCCUUGAAGAAAAUUAUCAAGAACAUAAUUGCUUUUCGGUGA